UCAUCGGGAGCUUUUCUGCAUCUCCCCCUGGCAAAGGAUAUUUUUGAGUUUGGGAGCAAGCGCAGGGUUGUGUUUAUCGACAUCUCGACAAAAUGGUGCAAAACAAGAUCACAGAAAUCUCCGGAUUCCACCGCUCCUUCAAGGGACAGAAUCCAUUUGAAACAGACUGCAGUAAAACAGGAUCCUGUCACCUGGAGUCUGCUUUUAAUUUCGACUUUCCCAGCAGAAGAGACCUGCCUGCCAGCCAGCCUAUCGACAUCCCUGACGCCAAGAAAAGGAACAAGAAGAAAAAGAGGUGCCGUGCCACCGACAGCUUCUCUGGCAGAUUCGAAGAUGUCUAUAUGCUGCAGGAAGAGGUUCUGGGUGAAGGAGCCUGUGCUCGGGUACAGACCUGCAUCAGUGUGAUUACCAACAAGGAGUACGCAGUCAAGAUCAUUGAGAAGAGACCAGGUCACAGCCGCGGGCGCGUUUUCAGGGAGGUGGAGAUGCUCUACCAGUGCCAGGGUCACAGAAACAUCCUAGAACUGGUAGAGUUUUUUGAGGAGGAAGACAAGUUCUACCUGGUGUUUGAGAAGCUGAGAGGAGGUUCCAUCUUGAGUCAUAUCCACCAGAGACAGCACUUCAACGAGAAGGAAGCGAGCGUAGUGGUGCAGGAAAUCGCUAGUGCCCUCUACUUCCUUCACAACAAAGGAAUGGCCCACAGAGACUUGAAGCCAGAAAACAUACUGUGUGAACAUAAGGACAGGAUCUCCCCUGUUAAAAUCUGUGAUUUUGACCUUGGCAGUGGAAUCAAGCUGAACAGCGACAGCUCCCCCAUCUCCACCCCUGAGCUGCUCACACCGUGCGGCUCUGCAGAGUACAUGGCCCCCGAAGUGGUGGAGGCGUUCAAUGAAGAGGCCACCAUCUAUGACAAGCGCUGUGACCUGUGGAGUCUGGGCGUAAUCCUCUACAUCAUGCUGAGCGGCUACCCCCCCUUCGUGGGCCACUGCGGGGGAGACUGUGGCUGGGACAGGGGGGAGCCCUGCCACAACUGCCAGAACAUGCUGUUUGAGAGCAUUCAGGAAGGGAAGUACGAGUUCCCCGAGAAGGACUGGGCUCACAUCUCAUUCAGUGCCAAAGACCUCAUCUCCAAGCUGCUGGUUCGGGACGCCAAGAAGAGGCUGAGUGCUGCCCAGGUGCUGCAACAUCCCUGGGUACAAGGGUGUGCUCCAAAUACCCUACCAACUCCAGUGCUACUUCAGAGGAACGGCAGUGCCAAGGACCUUACGUUCUUCACGGCCGAGGCGAUGGCUGUGAACCGCCAGCUUGCCCAGCACCAAGAGGAGGAGGAGCAGCCUAUCCUCAUCACAGCUACCUCAUGCUCCAUGCGCCUCUCCCCUCCCUCCCAGUCUAAACUGGCCAAGAAGAGACAGAAAUCCAGCCUGCUGAAAAGGGGGCCGGUGUCUGCCACAGAACUGCACCAGCUGUUGGCCCCGCUGGUCAUCGUGGGGGACUGCGCGUGACCCCCGCCGCUCUCAAGACCCGCCCCUAGCUUCUCCUCCUUCCUCCCUCUGGUUUUUUCCAGCAGUUUGUUGGUACACUAGUACAGCUGACUCGAACGUGGCUGAUCUUGCAAUGGCUCAGGCGAAAGGGGAAUGUUCUAGCGAGGUUCUCGGACUUCUACACCAAAGGACUACUCUUGCACUGCUUAAGUAUUACAACUGGUUUCACUGUGAAUUACGUCGAGAAGCAUUUUAUUUAAAUUGACAGAAAAAAAAGCAGGAUACCCCGUGUGUGUGUGUGUGUAUGUGUGUGAUUAGGCAGUGAUUGCCAUAGAGGGGUUUCUUCUGUUGAAGGAAUCGCCCUGUUUGUAAUCCGUGCUGAAAGAAUGAGAACCUGCCUGCUCCAGAGCAGCUGCUAAACCCUGGCUGUUGUAUUAAAAGUCUUUCUGCAGGUCCCGCACCAUUACUGGUCUUGUUCUAAAGAAACGCCCUACUGAUUUGGACCAAAGAAUGAAAAUCCUCUGCAGAAAGGAUGAACUAUGCAUGCUUUUUUAAGACAAGAAAAAUCUGUUCAGGCCAACCUUUUUACUUAAGCAAAAUAAGUAUUAAGUCCCCCCCCCCCCCCAACUUUGUUUGUUUUUCAAAUUCUAAAAUCAAUAUUUCAUUCUUUCAUUCCUUGGUGCUGUCAUUUGUGCAGUGCAGAGAUUUAUAAGUUGCUAAGUUCAUUUUUCCAUCCCCAGCAUAUUCAUGUACAAUUUAAAUUAAAUUGCUAAAUGAAAGCAGUAGCUAUAAUUACACACACAAAACAACUUAAAGUAGCUCAGGUUUGACGGCAAUAUGUUCUUUUCUCAGCACAAAAAAAAAUGAACUCAUGAUGGUAAUCUGUGUUCUGGUCCGUUUUUAAGUUACAAUUCUGUCUGCAGACUGCUGUAAUGUGCAAUCUCAUUGCAGCAGCCUGGUGAAUAAUGUUUGCAACUCUCCAGUUCCUGGCAGCGGCACUGUUUGCUCCAUCUGCUGGAUCUAAAAAGCGUUGCAGCAAAAAAAAAAAAAAAAAAAAAAACAAUCAAGCUAUUGGCAGUCUACCAGCGUUCAAGUGGAAGAUUCUGUUCUGGUCAGGUGAUGUGUGUUUAGUCAGUCAUGAUAAGCUGUAGCACCUCAAGCAAGACUGAUUUGAAAAUGUGUGUUUUUUUUGUUUGUUUUUUUUCUCUUUGAGAAACCAUUGGUCAUUUAUUAUAACACUCAUCUAAAACAAACCCCUCCACCUCUCAGGGUCAUCGCCAUAACAACCUUCUGGGAUAAUGGGCGUAUGAUUCAUUUAAGGGGGUUGCUUUUGUUUGCUACCUAUUAAGGCCACCUUAAAUUGGCCUAAGGCCUUAAUUCAAAUUUAUAGCACCGCUAUAGUAAAAAAAAAAAAAACAUCUAUCAGUGUUUGAAUAAUUCUGGUUCAUUUAGGCCUGAGUGGUGCUAGUCUUGGAUGUUUCUUUGUUCGGUCAUGUAAAGGCUUUAUCUGGCGCUGAGGAUUAAUACUGAAUGCUAGCAACUUUCUUUUUGAAGCUUAAGAACAGUCUGGGUGGGGUGGGGGGGGGGCAAAAAAAAACUAUAUAUAUAUAUAUAUUUGUGUGUGUAUAUAUAAAAUAUGUAGCAUUCCAAAAAACAAGCAAUUAAGAUCAGUCUUCCAAUACAAUGUAGUAGGUGGAAAUGAAUGGAUUUCUUUUUAUUGUGUAUUUUUCUUUUUAUUUGCGGAUAACUCCAUAAGUAAGAUAUUCGAAACGUGCCACACGUUGUUUGUAUUUUAUUUUGUUGUUUUAACAUUCAAAUAUUUUGAAUAAGAAUCUGAAAAGGCAACAGCUGUUUUUUGAUUUUGGAUGGAAAGGUUUGGGCAAGGCAAUUGUAGGCUUUAGAAACAGUUUUUUCCAUGGUAAAUUUAAAAUUUCAUAUCGGUUUGUUUGUGGGCUGCUAAGACUUCUGGCUGCCCCUGACCACAUUGAAGUGUUUAACUAGAGAUGAAUGAGGGGGCUGGCGCUUGAUUUUUUUAAGUCGUGAAACCACCAUUUUAUUUUAAUGGUUCAUUGCUACCUUUUCAUGAGUUGGGUCUUGUUCAAUAACAACUCUGCUGUCAGAUUUACUGUAGUCCUUACUUGCCACCUGGAACAAUGAAGCAAACUUCAACAAACAGAUCUUCUCACGCAAAACCGCCUUUGCCAGGAAGUUGGUAAAAUAAGACGUUGAUUGUAACCCUUUUGUAUUUUUCCUUUCUACAGAGCCCUCUUGUGGGUGUUUUGUCUUACACUAAGACUUACUUGAAUUGUAUAUGCAUUUGUGUUGUUUUUUUAUUGCAAUUGUAAGCUACAUUGUGCAGAAACAAAGGCACAGUUUGGGUUUGGCAGUCUAGGUUUAAAUUUUUUUUGUGUGUGUGUGUGGAAUCGCAUUGUUCCCUGAUCAGUGUCUCCCAGCACACACGCACAGUGAAAGACGUUUGAAUUGAGGGUGGAUGGGGUUUAGUCCAUUCCGGGCACUCGAUAGAACACAAUCAGGCAGUGGCUACCUCUUUACUGCAGUUGCCCUUAUAUAGUGAUCGCUGUAUAUAGAAAUAUGAGUGUUCGUGUCUUGCAACAAGGUUAGUCAUUCAAAUAUUACGUGAUUUCCCGAAAGGGUUAUGUUUUCAGUUGCAAACAACUCGUAUUCUAGAACAUUUGCCUGAAAACAGCCCUGUAUGAAAAAAAAAAUAUACAUAUUCUCCAUAUCAUAACCAUACAGAUAUGAUUUUGUUUUUUCUGAAAGGAAAUUAAUCAAAUUGACUUAACUUGUUUUGUGGGGAAAGAGAUAUCUUAAGGAGAUAUAUAAUUUUUUAUUUUUUUAUUUUAUUUGUGAUUUAUGCUCCAGUCCCUAGACUGCCAAAUCGAAGUGAGUAUUACUUGUGAAGCCUCAGCACUGUUUAGUCUGUUCUCCACAAGCUCCUGUUCAGACAUUUAAUAAAAUUAAAAUAAAAAAAAAAAAAAAAAAAGCACUUUACUGUACCAGGUGACUCCUGGCAGCUGAGAGUUCAUUUCUUACUCUUGCCAGGAUUUUGUAUUCUCUUUUUUUAAAGAAUUUAAAUAAAUGCUUUGAAUCACA